CCCUCCGCGAUUAUUCCGAGGAGCGAUGGGACGUCCUUAUGCCCCCUACAACCUGGCUCAGUGUGCGCGUGCGCACAUGUAUGGGGGGGAGGGGGAGGUAUGGCUGACCCUCCAGGGGGCGCCUUGGCCCACAUGGGCCCGAUGAUCUCAGUGCGCCUGCGCUCCAUUGCUUUUCCAGGGGGUCCACAGGGCCACGUGCGCAGUCUGGUCUCACGUGUUUCCGGACCCGAGGCCUACCGGGACCGGGAGUUCACUGGGGUUCUGGGUAUGCGCAGAAUUUAGCGCGCAAGGUGUGUGAGUGAGGGGAGGAAGGCGACUACUGCCGGUCUCUAAGAGCACUUGUUCGUUCCCGAGGCGUCUCUAAGAAAGGCGCUACCCCGCGAGCCCAUCACACAGGCUUGCAGCGGCCCCGCGAGUUUCGCUCCGAGUCGCUCAGGACUUCUGUCUCAGGAACCGAGCUCCGGCGCCUCCCCCGCUGUUCCGACGACGAUGGUUCAAUCCUGCAUCCCAUUGGGCGACCACGAAUGACGUCACCGCGCCCAGGCGGAAGAGGCGGGAGUGCUGGGCUUCUUCCCGGAGGCUCAUGGGUAAAGGUUUAAUCCCCGCCCCUGCCGCCGCCUCCUCCUUUCUCGGUCCUGCCGCCGCAGAGGUCGCACUUCCCGUGCCCCCGCCGCUCCCGCCGUUCCCGCCUGCGACCCCCUGGACCGCACCCGAGCGGAACCCAGACCAUCAGGAUGCGCUACGUGGCUGCCUACCUUCUGGCCGUUCUUGGCGGUAAUGACUCCCCCAACUCCAAAGACCUCAAGAAGAUCCUAGACAGCGUCGGCAUUGAGGCGGAUGAGGAGCGGCUCAAGAAGGUCAUCGGCGAACUCAGCGGCAAAAACAUCGAAGACGUGAUCGCCCAGGGGAGCAGUAAGCUGGCCUCCAUGCCCGCCGGGGGCACCGUUGCCGUUGCUGCCAGUGCCGGCUCCGCCGCCCCAGCUUCUGGGGGUGCUGCUCCUGCCGCUGCAGAGGAGAAGAAGGAAGAAAAGAAGGAAGAGUCGGAGGAGUCGGACGACGACAUGGGCUUUGGGCUCUUUGACUGAGCGCCCAGCAGAUCCCUGAACGAAUAAAGCUUUUAUUUAAGAA